CAAAUAGUCAAUUUGACAAGUGAGCAUUUUAAAGAGUUGAAGAAUAUGAAAAAGUGAACUACUAACUUGAAAGUAACGUUAUAAUGUUGAGUGGUUGCUAGGAGACCACUGCCAACAAACUCGAGCGGAAAGAUGUCGACUAGUUACUCUGCAAACCAGUAUGAAAGUGCCUUCAAGUCGCAAAAGCUCCAGAAUUGGACCAUCCCAAAACAUUUCAAAGAGAGACCAUCAGCAGCAGAAGGACACACUACAUUUAUAGCCACAGACCGGGGCCACCUUCUACCUGGAGUCAGAACAAAGAGUGGAAGUGCAUGGCCAGCAUUCCAAGGCACAUGGGAUUUACCUCGGUAUAUCCCUCCUACUUCCAUAAACCCCACUGCCCGUUCACGAAAAGGCCAGGAUCGCCUCAGAACCUGGGGACAGAUGAAAUUUGCCACAAACCAGACUUACGAAGCCCUUGAUGGCAGCCAGGCUACAAACAGAACUAUUAACAAUGUGGAAAACUUAAAUGUGGACCAGCUUGCAAAAGAGUCAAAAAUGCCAAUCAGUGACCCAGACCGAGAUGAGCCAGAGAGGCCCAAAUCACAUCACAGCCAAGACCAGUCUAGACCAACAAGCCAGCAAGCUCAGUCUAACCCAGUUAACCUUGAAAACCAAACCCAGUCUAGACCAGGAAGUCACCACAGCCAACAGGCUCCAUCCAGACCAGCCACUCAAGAGAGCCAAGCUGAGGCAAGACCACCAACCCAGAACAGCAGACCAGCAUCUCAGCAGAAAUAACACCAUUUAUAAUCAGAUCCCCUGCAUGGGUAGUUUUAAAAGUGGUUCCAUUAAAAAUAGCAUUACGUAAGCCUAACAAUUCUUU